AUGGCUUUUCCAAUAGACAGGCUUCCCCGGGAGAUCCUCUCCAUCAUCUUCUCGCUUGUCACUGAAGACACGCCCGGAAUCAAAUCGACAACCCAGCGUGUGCCGGAAGACAGUCUCGCCCGAUGUGCAUCCGUCUCACACCAAUGGCAACAGUACAUCGAACGCCUGACCUUCCGCAACCUAUAUGUGACACCGCACAGAAUAGCAUCUGCCGUUGCAGAUAACAUUCUCACUCCUCAGCGUCUGUCGUAUCUACGCUACAUCCAGGUCGAGUUCAGCUUCGACAGGAGAAUGAAGAGAGGGAGACGCAAGGAACGAGGGUCUAUUAUUGGUCAUAUCUUCGAAGACACCGUAGAGUCGCUCUUUUGUCUCCUCGAACAAGCUCCUCUCUACCCACACCCUUUUAUCAUCGUCGAGUUCGCCAUGCCUAUCCGCAGCAUUGAAUCUCGCAUUCGGGGCCCCGUGUACGGCUUGCCGUUCGCAGAACGCCGCACUCAGUAUCCCAAGUUCGACUACGACAAGCUUCCACCGUUACCGAUGGUGGUUUCCUUCAGAAUGAGGCUCCUGUCUUCUGCCAUCACGAUUGAACCUGGCAAAGCGUGCCUCAUUGCACACAAGAUGCCGCGCUUGGAGACGGUAGACUGGGAAAUGUAUGAUGUAGACAGGAUGGACAUACACAAAAGGAUGUGGUUGCGAGAUGGCUUCGCUAGGAACCUGAGCAAACUGCCCAAAUCUCUAAAACACCUUUCGGCCAAGUACUUUCGGCCCCUGCGAGGUAAAGAUCACGCGGAUCAACCUCAAAGUAUUGUACCGACUGGCUCCGACGGCGAUACUCUGAGCAAUGCUCUUUUUCACUUCACCCAACAAAACGCACUUACGGGUUUCUAUUUCAAUGAUAGCGUCAAGCCCACAAUAUGA